AAAGUUCGGUUUCAUUCUCAAUCAGAAACCACAAGGAGAAGGUUGAAACGUGCUUUCAUCGUAUAACCUCAUAGUGUGAAUAAUCUACUAUAAAUGCAGCAUCUAAUGUGAUACAACGGUAAAAAAUGCAAAAGUGUAAUAUUUGUGGCAGUAAAGAUUUUUACAAAGAAGCAGGACACUUUUACUGUCAAACGUGUCAAACGCAAAAUGAGGAUAUCCGAGAAGAAAUUCUUGAAUUACGUACAGAUAUAACGACUAGAUUACGAAAAACAAGAAUUAGACAGUUAAGAUCCGAUAUAUCAGGCAACGAGCAUGGAUGGACUUCAUGGGAAUUGUACAAUUUUGUUUUAAUUGGUUUAACGAAUGAACUAAUAGAUCUUGGAGUUUCACCAGAUAUAAAAUUGACAAUAUUACAAUUAUGGGCAACAUAUCUAGGCAAUCUUGAAGUAGCAUUUAUCUCGACUAGAAGAAAAUGCAUCCCAAAGUUGGCUAAAAGAUACAGAAAAAGGGAUGCAGAAAUUAUUUAUGGUAAGAUGCAACCACAGAAAAAAUCAAGAAAACGCAGAAGAUCUAUAGGGAGUAUUACAGAUACUUCUAUUGUAUCAAGUGGAACUAGUGAGGGUGGCUCUACAAGAGAAUUAAACAGAUCUAAAAGACUUUUAAUAGCAGCAGAUUAUGAUAAGUAUCUUCAAUCUCAGAAUCAUUCUCAGGAUAGUACAUUUAAUAGUACAUUUAUUCAAAGUCCAAAAAUACAGUUUAGUUCCCAUGCCAAAGAAGAAACAAGAAAAAUUAAAAGGUUAUCUAAAAAUCUACCUAGAUGUGAAAGAGUACAAUACAGGGCAAAGCACAUAAGUACUCAGUAUAGAAUGGGACCUAAUGUAAUUACACCCACACGACUAUGGGCAAUUAUAUAUUUAGCUUUAAGGAUACACAAUAAUCCUAUACAAUUAGGAGAUAUGUUAAGAUAUGGAAGAGAAGGACAUUUAUCUUAUUAUAAAUUGGACCAUUUAUUGCCACCAGAACUGAACUUGACAGCAACUGAAAAAAGUUUCUUAGUUUCUCAGAAUGUUGAAAUUACACAUAAAGGAAUGAGAAAAAUUAUUACAAGCAUGGCAAAAUCUCUUCGUGUGUGGGAUAUAGUCUGUCCAGAUCUUUUAUCUUUAAUUAACAGAUAUUGCCAAGAAUUAGGAUUACCAAGGGGCAUUCAAUUAUAUACAGAAAGAUUAAUAGCUUUAUCAGUUCCUAAAAUGGUAUUUAAUGUAAAAACAUCAUGCAUUCCAAACUAUGAAGGUCGUGCAAUUGCAUUUAUUAUAGUAGUGUUAAAAAUUUUACUGGGUCUAGAUGGUAUAACAGAGUAUCGUAUCAGUAGAAUUGCAGAGAAUAUUAACAGCGUGGCUAUUAAACGCGGUUUACUCAAGGAAAAACUUUUCAGUUUUGAAGAAUGGCAAAAAUAUAUUGAAUGCAGAAAGACAAUUUUAGUACACGCCCAUUAUCCAACUAAGGUGAAAUACAGUCCAGAGUCAGAUGGAAUCGAUGAUUUAUAUUUAAAAUUUUUAGAAUUUAUAUCCUCUAAAUCCAAUAGAAAUGAACCCGAGAUAAAAAAUUCUAAAUAUUACUUGCCGGAAGAAAUUAUUAGUUCCAUGGCAAAACACAUAACUAGUUUAAAUAUAAAUGAUUCACCGCUAAAGGCAAUAGAUAUAUUUCCACCAUCUUUAACACCGCUUCACUCGUAUCUGGAACAUUUAUUGGAUCAUCCAUUUUACGAUAUUCCUAAUGUACUACGAAAUAAUUUUUUUUUUACGAAAGUUAGAUAUAUGACAAAAUCCGAUGUUCUAAUACAGCUAGCAACGGAAUGUGAUAUAGAGUUAGAAAUAAUCGAUUCGAAUGUACAUUUUCUCGAAAAAUAUGUACCUCCAUUUGAACAACCUAGAAUGCCAAGUAUAAAUGAACUAAAACAACUUAUCGAUGUAGAAGAUGAUUUACAGGAUCAAAAAACUAAUAGUGAAAGUGUAAAUGACUAUUUACACGCUAAAAUACCAUGUAGUAUUAAAUUUGAUGCCAUUAAAAAUCAGUAUUACAACAAUACUGUAAAUGCAAUGAGGAGUUCUGAAAAUACUAAUGCAGACAAUUAUUUUACAUUUACCGAAACUCUACCAAAUGGAAAAUUAGCAAUACCUGUUGAUAGCGAUACCGAAAGCGAAGAAAAUCCAAGUUUUACUAAUAAUUUAGAUCAAGAAACACUUUUAGAAAACAAACUACGUGAUAAAUACAACGUACACUUAUCAAUAGCAGAAAAAGAAUCCAUUCGUAAGUCAAGUAGAAUGAGAAAACUACAUUCUAAAAAAUAUAAGAUUCAACUUCAGCGAAACGCUAAGGGUCAAUUUAUUAAAAGUAGCGCUGUACCUAUAAAAAUUGAAAAAGAUGAAUCUGAAUUUGAUGCUGGAGAAAAUAUAAAUUUUUAUGAUAGUACCGACGCAAACGUGGUAAAUGAGUCGCGUAUGCGGAUUGAAAAUAAUGAAGAAAAUCAAUUCACUUUACCUGAUAUUAAUCUUAGUGACAUCGAUCUUAAUGACAUUGAUCUUAGUGACAUUAAUUUUAAUAUAAAUGACAUUUUUAACUUCAGUAACAUUUCAUGUUUUAGUCAAAAUAACAGCACUCUCGCAUCUGUAGCAAAUAAGGAGAAAACUGAAGCCAAGAAGACGGAUCAAUUUUUUAAACCUUUCAAAGAGUAUUGGAUGUAUGACUGCAUUUUCAGCCGUGUGAAACCAAAAAAUUUUGCUACAUUUGAAAAAUCCCUGCCGCGUAGUUUCCGUUGGUUAUUAAAUGAAUGCGCGCUUAUUGUAGAAAUGUCUACGGAAGAUUUGUACGAGGAAGUAUGUUUAAUAGAAAAUUAUUGUGCACAUGUUUUAAAAUUUGACCUCUCGAACGGCGAUGAUGGUACCAACAUAAAUUCAAUACCCAAGAGUCAAUUGAAUUUUAUUUUAAGUAAAUGGUAAAGAUUUGCGAUAUAUUAUGUUAUAUAAUUUUAUAUAAUUUUUAUACAUUGUCAGAAUAAUAUAUGUCAGUUCAUUGAAGAUA